GCAGCUUCGGAUACACAACUAUCUUGGGCGGAAGAAAACUGAUCUGGCCUAGCAAUUAUUUCUUCAUUUUCAUACAGAUUUCGACGAUCAAAAUGUCAUCUCCGACACCUGGAAAACGUCGAAUGGACAUAGAUGUUAUCAGAUUAAUCGAGAGUAAACAUGAAGUCACGAUCCUAAGCGGUUUGCAUGAGUUUACCGUCAAGUUCUGGGGACCAAAGGGAUCUCCAUAUGAAGGAGGUGUGUGGAAGGUUCGAGUGGAUUUGCCAGAGAAGUAUCCAUUCAAGUCUCCAUCUAUUGGUUUCCUGAACAAAAUAUACCAUCCUAAUAUCGAUGAGGCGUCAGGAACUGUUUGUUUGGAUGUAAUCAACCAAGCAUGGACUGCACUGUAUGAUUUGACGAACAUAUUUGACUCAUUUUUACCACAAUUACUGAGCUACCCGAACCCUAUUGAUCCAUUGAAUGGGGACGCUGCAGCGCUAUACCUCCAUAAACCAGAGGAUUACACCGUCAAAAUCAAAGACUACAUUAGGAGGUACGCCACUGAAGACAUUCUGAAGGAGCAGGAAGACAUAUCAUCAUCCAGUGAAAGUUCCAUGAGCGAUUUUUCAGAAGACGAAGCACAAGACAUGGAACUAUGACACUAGAGGUCAACAUAUUUUCCUAUGUAACAAUUUUAACUAUUUUUAACUAUAAGUAUUUUUAAGAAGAGGCAGUAAGCUUUCUGGAAGGGAUUUUUACAUAACAGUCAGUUUUGCUUAAAAAUCACUUUCCUUACAGACAAGGAAGGAGUGAUUAUGAUCAAAUAUUUGUCCCAUCUUCCAAUAGAAAUUUGUCUUUUGUAUUAUAAUUCACUGCCCCUUGUCAUUACCUUAAUACUUCGUCUUGUCUAGAAAGUUUUUCGUCGAGGUUUGGAGUGUGGAUUCUUUUAUAUCUGAUUUGCCAGACAUAUUUUGUUUGGGAGUGUGUUUGCUCAUUUCGGUUCACUCUUUCACUUUAUACAAAAACAUGACUAUGUGGAAAAACAAAGAAAAGAAGACAUCACUUCUGCUCGGAAUAUUGUAUUGUCAAUCUACAGCUUUGUUUCGGCAAGAAAUAUAUUGAAAAUCAGAAUUGGGUGUAAUUAAGGUGGGGUUUGCACUUGAUAAACAAAGCACAACAUAAAGUAUAUAAUAAUGAACACUCACAACACCAAUCUAUCUCUGUUAAGUUAUGGUUCUUUUAGCGAAAAGACAUAGCCCACCAAAAGGAAUUAUAAAAAAAAUAAACUUUAAUGAUAAAAAGAAAUAAUCGUUGUAUGAUCAUAAUUGUAAAUCAAAUAUUUUGUUAAUAAUUUAUGAGAAUGUGUUAACAUUUGGGACUUUAAUUUAAUUUCUUGGUAAUAUAAUUUUUUGUGUAUCAUAUUGACUAAAGAGGGUGUUAUCAAGUUAGAGUUGAUAGAUGGACUGUUAGUUAUUA